GGGCGGGGGCACUCCUGACUCAAAACUGAGUGUGGAACCAGCGCCGUUUCCUCCGGCCGGCCCCGCUCGCCGUGUGUGUCACACACCCAGACUCAUGAUUCAUCUCCUGGACGGCUCAAAACCUCCGGCUGCCCCAGAGCUGCUCUCCAUCGCUCACGGCGGGGCUGGUCCCAGCAUCCCACCCUCCCCUCCUUUCCCCACCACGCUCGGGGCUGGGAGAAGAAGAUGGGAAAACUCUGCCUGGCUGUGGGGAUCCUUGUGCUCUGCGCUGCUGGCGGCUGGGGGGGUAACAUCUGCACCACCCGCGGGGUGAACUCCUGCAAGCAGUGCCUGGCUGUGAGCCCCCUCUGCGCCUGGUGCUCCAAGGCGGUCUUUGCGCAAUCGUCCCCUCGCUGUGACCUGCUCGCCAACCUCCUGCAGAAUGGCUGUGAGAACAACUACAUCGAGUUCCCCACCAGCAGCGUAACCAUCCUGGAGAACAGACCCCUCAGUGACAAGGGCUCGGGGGGCUCCACCACCACCCAGAUGAGCCCCCAGAAAAUACAGCUGAAUCUGCGGCCUGAUGACUCCCAGAUCUUUCGCGUCCAAGUGCGUCAAGUAGAAGACUACCCCGUGGACAUCUACUACCUGAUGGACCUGUCCAACUCCAUGAAGGACGAUCUGAGGAACAUCCAGAACCUGGGCACGAAGCUGGCCAGUCAGAUGCGCAAGCUGACCAGCAACCUACGCAUCGGCUUUGGGGCCUUUGUGGACAAGCCCAUUUCCCCCUACAUGUAUAUCUCUCCUCCAGAAGCCAUCACGAACCCUUGCUACGAGAUCGCGGAAACCUGCCUGCCCAUGUUUGGCUACAAACAUGUCCUGUCACUCACAGACGAGGUGACUCGCUUCAACGAGGAGGUGCGGAAGCAGAGUGUCUCACGGAACCGUGACGCGCCCGAGGGCGGCUUCGAUGCCAUCAUCCAGGCCACCGUGUGCGAUAAGAUAAUCGGCUGGAGGAAUGAUGCUUCCCACCUCCUUGUCUUCACCACGGAUGCCAAGACCCACAUCGCGCUGGAUGGCAGGCUGGCCGGCAUCGUGCAGCCCAACGAUGCUCAGUGCCACAUCGACAAGGAUAAUUUCUACUCUGCCUCCACCACACUGGACUAUCCCUCUCUGGGUCUGAUGACUGAGAAACUCUCACAGAAGAACAUCAACUUGAUCUUUGCUGUGACGGAUACGGUUGUUGGCCUCUACCAGAAUUACAGUGAGCUGAUCCCAGGCACAACAGUGGGCACCUUAUCCAGAGACUCCAGCAACGUCCUGCAGCUCAUAGUGGACUCCUAUGGGAAAAUCCGCUCCAAGGUGGAGCUGGAGGUGCGUGACCUCCCUGAAGAGCUGUCCCUGGCCUUCAACGCCACCUGCCUCAACGACGAGGUCAUCCCCGGCCUCAAGUCUUGCAUGGGGCUCAAGAUCGGGGACACGGUCAGCUUCAGCAUCGAGGCCAAGGUACGGGGGUGCCCCCGGGAGCGACAGAAAUCCUUCACCAUCAAACCGGUGGGCUUCAAGGACAGCCUGACGGUGGUGGUCAACUUCAACUGCGACUGCUCCUGCGAGAGCCAAGCGGAGGCCAACAGCUCGUCCUGCAGCCGGGGCAACGGGACGCUGGAGUGCGGCGUGUGCCGCUGCAACCCCGGGCGCCUGGGCUCGCACUGCGAGUGCUCGGAGCAGGAGUACAACCCCUCGCAGCAGGACAACUGCAGCCCCCGCCGCGACCAGCCCCUCUGCAGCCAGCGUGGGGAGUGCAUCUGCGGGCAGUGCGUCUGCCACAGCAGCGACUUCGGGAAGGUGACGGGCAAGUACUGCGAGUGCGACGACUUCUCCUGCGUCCGCUUCAAGGGCCAGAUGUGCUCGGGCCACGGGAAGUGCAGCUGCGGGGACUGUCUGUGCGACUCGGACUGGACGGGUGACUACUGCAACUGCACCACGCGCACCGACACGUGCAUGUCCAGCAACGGGCUGGUCUGCAGCGGCCACGGCUCCUGCGUCUGCGGCAAGUGCGACUGCACCCAGCCCGGCUCCUACGGAGACACCUGCGAGAAGUGCCCCACGUGCCCGGACGCCUGCACCAUCAAAAAGGAGUGCGUGGAGUGCAAGAAGUUUGAGCGGGGGGCACUGGUGGAGCAGCAGACCUGCAGCCGCAUGUGCCGCGACGAGAUCGAGACGGUGCAGGAGCUGACUGACAGGGGCAAGGACGCCGUGAACUGCACCUACAAGGACGAGGACGACUGCGUGGUGCGGUUCCAGUACUACGAGGACUCCAGUGGCAAGUCCAUCCUCUACGUCAUCGAGGAGCCUGACUGCCCGAAGGGGCCAGACGUCCUGGUGGUCCUGCUCUCGGUGACGGGUGCCAUCCUGCUCAUCGGCCUGGCUGCCCUGCUCAUCUGGAAGCUCCUCAUCACCAUCCAUGACCGCCGAGAGUUUGCCCGCUUCGAGGAGGAGAAGGCCAGGGCCAAGUGGGACACGGGCAACAACCCUUUAUACAAAGAAGCCACGUCUACCUUCACCAACAUCACGUACCGCGGGAACAACUAAGGACGCCGCAUCCAGCGCUGGUGGUGGGACCAGCCGAAGAUCUGCGGGAUCUCCUGGAGUCCGGUUUACAGAAGAGCUUGUGUGUGUGUCUUGAGUGUGUGAGAGCGUGUCUGCGUGUAAUUUAACAAUCCCUCCGAGGCCCUCUUGUCCGUCACCCCACUGUAACUGCAGGGACGUGCUUUCCACAGCAAACCUCUCGUCCUUACCUCGGCGGGUCGCCUCGCAGGAGCCGGCGGCCCCUCCAUACACUGAAGGUGGAGAAACGGGACUAUCUCUGCCUGGAGAGUCUGUGAACUGUUAGGUGCUCAUCGGGCCAAGGGGAUUUCGGGAGCAGCUGCUCCAACCAAAGGCUGUGCUUUCCUCCCUGGCCCGUGCUGGUGAAGCUCUGCCCGCUCGGAGAGUCCCCUCGUGCACUGGACAGACACGGUCCCCCCGGGUGCAGGAGCCAUCUCCGGGGGGGACACGGGGCAGCUACGCUCACUGCCAGCCCGCAGGAGCCAUCCCAUGGCUUUGGGGGUUGAGGCUUCCACUCAAGCAACCCCCUUGCUUCUUGUAGCCACGUCUUUCUGUCACUGCACUGGCCUGGGGCAGUGAAAAGCAAACGCCCUGGCCUCCCUGUUGCCCUUCCUCCUUCCCUCCACCUGCAAUUUGCACCACUGGCCAACUCUACGUAGCAUCAGCUGUGCUGGUCCCAGCUGCAGCCUGGCUCAGCUCCGGGGAUGGUGCUGAGCUCCUGAUGUCCCCCUCCACCAUGGCUAUUGCCACAAAGCACACGGAUGCGGGGGCAGCAGCCUGGGGAGGGUCGUGAUGCUCGUUAUCCCUCGCGCCUGGCCAUCUAUCUCCCUUCCCUGUGCUUUUCGGGGCUGCGUAACCGCACCACGCUCUAUUUUCUGUGUAGCUCAGGGUUCCAGAAGAGCAGGCAGGGUUCAGGCCACAUCCUGCUGCCUGUGGUUUGGGUGGCUCUUGUGGGAAAACAAAAAAAAAUUGUCCCAGUAGCAGAGUUUGGCUGUAACGGUGCUGCUGCCCAGUCUGUGACCCAGCUAGAGCACGGUGGCUCUAUUCCCCUCAAUCACACCAAAAAAACAACAGAGACCUUGUGCCAGGCGUGAUGCUGGCCCCGGGGGUCCCAGCAGUGUGUGGGCUGGGCUGGUGGUGGCCAUGUGUCCCUCUUCCCUGGCUGGCCUGUCCCCAGCAGCCUGGGGAUGGCAGCGGGGCCGAUGCUGGGGUGGGAGCUGGGGCUGAGCCCCGGGGUGGGAGGUGGAUGGGCAGCAGCAGAGCGGCAGCAGUUCUCAC